AUGGGGCCCCCAAACGACGAGAAUCCAUCGCAUAUGGAGACUGUAAACCAAGAGAGUCUCUCAAGAUGGCGAACAAGAUUAGCCAACUUGACAGAGCUCAUCCUACCAACUGACUUUCCACGUACAAUCCCACCUAAAAUAGUAGAAGCAGACUUAGCUCAUGCCCUUGGAGAGAAUGCGGCCUUGGCUCUAAUGUCCCUCUCGCUAGCUGCCCGUCAAAACACAUUAUCGUCAUCGACAUCUUCUGCUUCUCCCUUUACCAUCUUGUUGGCUGCGUUCAUAGUUCUGCUCCACAAGUAUACAGGAGAAGACGAUAUUGCUGUGGGCUCGAGCUCCUCGGUGGCAAAUCCAUUGGUCUUGAGAAUGAAUGUAGCUGAUGAAAACUCAUUUUUGGAUGUGGUCAACACGGUGCUCAAGGCAUGUACUGAGGAGGAGGCUGCUGCUGAUGAACUACCAUUCGCAGACCUGUUGAAUGGUCUGUUUGAUAAUGGAAAUGCUGAAAGUCAACCAUCCCUGUUCAAAGUACGAUUCUUUGACUUGACGGAAACUACCCCAGCCACAUUACAAGCAACUACCAGCUCGUCAUCCUGUGAUAUCACCAUAUUUGUAACCCAAUCACCGUCAGUGCGUCGUAUUCUACCCAUCGAAUUGCGUGUCACAUACAACACCGUAUUAUUUGCUCGUGAACGCAUGCUGGAUACUCUAGAUCAACUAGAAAUGAUAUUAACAGCUGCCGCUAAAGACCCAUCAUCGCCCAUUGGUAAAAUAACUGUAGUAACAGAACGAGCACGCCGAGUCACUCCAAACCCAAUCGGAGAUUUAGGAUGGGACAAGUUUGAAGGUGCCAUACCCGAUAUAUUUGCUCGAAACGCGCGUGCUCAUCCCGAUCGCACAUGUGUCGUCGAAAGCAGGGAUAGCAAUGUGUUGAGCUUGAAUGAUUUACGACAAUUCACAUACAAACAUAUACACGAGGCAUCUAAUAUCGUGGCACACCAUCUAAUGCGUAAUGGAAUUCAACGAGAAGACGUUGUAGUCUUGUAUUCAUAUCGAGGUGUUGAUCUAGUGGUUGCCAUCAUGGGUGUCUUGAAGGCUGGCGCUACAUUCAGUGUCAUUGAUCCAGCAUACCCUAGUCAACGACAAACCAUCUAUUUAUCUGUCGCUCAACCUAGAGGGUUGGUGGUAUUACGUAAAGCUGGUGUGUUAAGUGACGAGGUGCGAGAUUAUGCAAAAGACAAUCUACACAUUGCUUGUGAGAUUCCUGCACUGGAAUUGCUCGAUGAUGGAAGUGUCAUUGGUGGACAAGUAAAUGGAGUAGAUAUCUUGCAUGACGCUCAGGCUUUCAAAUCCCAAGACACUGGUAUUGUCUUGGGACCAGACAGCGUGGGUACUUUGAGUUUCACAUCUGGAAGUACAGGUAUUCCCAAAGGUGUCCGAGGUAGGCACUUUUCACUUACACACUUCUACCCAUGGAUGAAGCAAGAGUUUGGAUUAAGUGAACAAGAACGCUUCACCAUGUUGAGUGGUAUAGCGCAUGAUCCAAUUCAACGUGACAUCUUCACACCUUUAUUCUUGGGUGCUCAAUUACGCAUUCCAACAGCAAACGAUAUUGGAUCUCCAGGUCGUUUAGCCGAAUGGAUGGCAGCUCACGAAAUCACAAUUACACACUUGACUCCAGCAAUGGGUCAAUUAUUAUCUGCCAACGCCACAACAGCCAUGCCUCGUCUCCGCAAUGCCUUCUUUGUCGGUGACGUCCUGACCAAACGGGACGUCCUUCGAUUACAGCAUUUGGCAGUCAAUGUCAAUGUUAUAAACAUGUAUGGUACAACUGAAACCCAACGCGCAGUAUCAUAUUUACGAGUACCACCACCAUCAACCAAUCCUGGUUUCCUCUCUGAACAAAAAGAUAUAAUGCCUGCUGGUAAAGGCAUGAACGAUGUACAAUUGCUAGUUAUAAAUCAGUCUGGAUUACUAUGCGGUAUUGGUGAAGUCGGUGAAAUCUACGUCAGGUCUUCUGGUCUAGCUGAAGGAUAUUUAGGACUGGAAGAUGCUACCGCUCUCAAAUUCGUGCCAAAUCCCUUCAAUGUUGAUGGACCACCAAUCACUUCUCUCGGGAAGAGUCUACCAUUUUAUAAAGGUCCUCGUGACCGUAUGUAUCGAUCAGGAGAUUUAGGAAGAUACCGUCCUGAUGGAUUGGUUGAAUGUACAGGUCGAGCAGAUGACCAAGUAAAAAUUCGUGGUUUCCGUAUCGAAUUGGGUGAGAUUGACACGCAUCUAAGUCAACAUCCCAAAGUCCGUGAAAAUGUAACGCUAGUACGUCGAGACAAGUAUGAAGAACAGACGCUGGUAUCAUAUUUCGUACCAUUGGUGUCGUCAGAUGAUAUGGAAGACUUGAUAAGUAGUAUUCGAGAAUAUUUGAAAAUCAAGCUACCCAGCUAUGCCGUACCCACUGUAUUUGUACCAUUAGCACGUAUGCCUUUAACUCCGAAUGGUAAAGUAGAUAAGAAUGCUCUACCGUUCCCAGAUACAGCACGAUUCGGUGGUGGUGCUACCGCCGCAAAGGCAGCCAACACCUCAGCAGAAGAUAUGACACCUACUCAACGUGCCGUUGCAGAUAUUUGGACAUCGCUGCUAUCACCAUCUACACCAAUCAAAACAUCCGAUAACUUUUUCGACUUGGGAGGUCAUUCCAUUAUGGCUACUCGAUUGGUAUUUGCCUUGAGAACUAAACUAGCAUUGGAUGUUCCAUUGGGUAUAGUGUAUGAUGAACCCACUGUCAAAGGAAUGGCCCGUGAAUUGGAUCGCUUAAGAACAACAGAUCUCAAUCUUGCACCUGGAGCAUUGAACGAUGCUCUAUCUUCACCAACACUACCAUCUGCAGACAGGAUAGAAUUAGAUUAUGCAGCUGAUGAAGAUGCACUAGAUGAUACGACGAUAUGUGCAGGAUCUCUUAAAUUCGAGAUGCCAGAUGCCAAUAAUAUGACGGUAUUCUUGACGGGAGCAACAGGCUUUUUGGGAGCCUUUAUAUUGUCAGAACUACUAGUCCGAUAUCCAGGUGCCAAAGUUAUAUGUCUGGUACGAGCAACAAGUGAAGAAGCUGGUUUAGCUCGAGUACGUGAAAAUGGACAGCGACAUCUAGUGUGGUCUGAAUCAUGGGCUAGUGAUGGUCGGGUCCAAAUAGCAAAAGGUGAUUUAGGUAAUUCGCAUUUUGGACUAGCGGACGCGGAAUGGAAUAGACUGGUGCAAGACGUAGACGUCAUUGUACAUAACGGUGCUCUUGUCCAUUGGGUAUACCCUUACUCGAAAUUAAAGGGACCCAACGUACUUGGAACAAUCGAAGCCUUACGAUUAGCAUCAUCUGGACGUCUCAAGCCACUACAUUUUGUAUCAUCGACUUCUGUAUUAGAUACCUCUCAUUACUCUGACAUGCUGGCAUUGGGUGAGCUCAUACCUGAAUCUGACGCAUUAGAAGGAUCACGACGUGGAUUACGAAAUGGAUAUGGACAAUCUAAAUGGGUUGCUGAAAAAUUGUGUAUGAGGGCUCGAUCUCGUGGUGUUCCUGUUACUAUCAUUAGACCUGGAUAUAUUAUGGGUGAUGCUAGAACUGGAGUCACCAAUACCGAUGACUUCAUUUGGAGGUUGGUAAAAGGAUGUAUACAACUUGGACGUAUACCACGUAUUGCCAAUGUGGUCAAUUUAACUUCAGUUGAAUACGUUGCUGGAUCUGUCGCUGCUAUUGCUGCCAGCUCAGAAGCUUUGAAGCUUGGAAACUUCCAUAUGUGGAAUGCUCAAAGAUACCGAUUCGACGAUUUAUUCGGAAGCAUCAUACAACACGGCUGGCAAGUCGAACCAACCGACUACAUAUCAUGGCGAACCUCCCUGAUGGACAUGACCAUCGCCACACAAGACAAUGCUCUCUUCCCACUCCUCCAUUUCGUACUGGAUGACUUACCAACAUCAACCCGAAGUGCUGAAUUAGAUGAUAAGAAUGCUCAACAUGUCAACAAGUCAGCUGGUGUGGUAUGUCCUACUAUGAAUGACAGUAUUGGAUUGUAUUAUGGGUAUUUGGUGGCUGUUGGGUUUUUAGAUGCUCCAGUGUCGAGUGGUGGGGGACGUGCAGUUAGUUUGCCGUAUAGAGAUGAAUGGAGGAAUCUGACUGGAGCUGUUAGUCGCAGUGGGCGAUAG